AUGGCUAGAAGAACCAGAGGUAAUGGGAAAGAAAAAUUGAAUGGGGAUAAAGAGCUCGUUGAUGGUAAUGCUGAAGAUGUGGAAAUCAUUGAAGGUGGAGGGUUCAUGGUGGAGAAAAAGAAGCGGAAAACACGAGCCAGGAACAAUAAUAAUAAUAAUAAUAAUUCGGCUGUUGAUGAGAUAUCUGCUGAGUCCUCUGGUGAAUUAAUCAGUACAAGAAAGCGAUCUAAACCUCAAAAAAAAGCUUCAACUAUCAAAAAGACUCGUGGUAGCAGGAAAAAAGCCGACAAGAUAAACUACGCCGAAAGCGACGACGAAGAUAAUAACAAUGAUAGUGAAGAAUAUGUUCCAGAUCAAGACGAGAACGAAGAAGAAGAGGAAGAUGCAAAGAUUGAUAAAGAAGAAGUCAUCGAAGUGACGAAUGGAUCAGCAGCAGACAAUGAUGAUGAUGAUGAUGAUGAUGAUGAUAAUGUCCCGGUCGCCAGAAGGGCCGCUAAAACCAAGAAAAAGCCAAAGCGUGAACGGAAACCUAGAAAGAAGAUCGAUUAUUUUAAAUUGAUCACCAAUAAACUCUAUACCAACCAUGAUGGGCUAGAAAAUGUCUUUAGUGAUUUGAAAAACACCCCAGUGAUUGAAACCAAAGAGGCCCCUCACCCGAUCGGCAUGACCCUUCAAAUGUUGCCGUUUCAAUUAGAAGGGUUGAACUGGUUGGUGAAACAAGAGGAUAGUGGUUUUGAAGGUGGGGUAUUAGCUGAUGAAAUGGGUAUGGGUAAAACCAUCCAAACUAUAGGGUUGUUCAUGGCAGACCCAAAGAAAGGACCAAAUUUGGUCGUGGUGCCCCCUGUGGCGAUCAUGCAAUGGAAAAAUGAAAUCGAAACUCAUACCGCUAAAGCUUUGAAAGUGUAUGUUUUUCAUGGGGCAAGCAGAACCAGCAAUGCUGCAGAAUUGGAAGGAUACGAUGUGAUUUUAACCACCUAUUCGGUGCUUGAAUCGGUGUGGCGGAAACAACAGUACGGGUUUAAGCGUACUACUGGGUUAGUCAAGGAAAAAUCGGUGUUGCACUCGAUUGAGUUUUAUCGGGUGGUGUUAGACGAAGCACAUAGUAUCAAGGAUAGACAAUCUGGGACCGCAAAAUCGGUGAAUAACUUGAAAUGUAAAAAAAAAUGGUGUUUAUCUGGGACCCCUUUGCAAAACCGGAUCGGGGAGUUGUACUCGUUGAUCCGGUUUUUGAAAGUCCAGCCAUUUUGUAAUUACUAUUGUACCAAGUGUCCUUGUACUAGUAUGGAGUGGAAUUUUAUUGGUAAUCGUUAUUGUGCGGAUUGUGGUCAUUUACCCAUGCAGCAUACCAAUUUUUUCAACCAUUUUUUCUUGAAAAAUAUUAUCAAGUACGGUAUUGCUGACGCUGAAGGUAACGUUAGCGCUGAAAAUGAGGAGAAAAUCGAAGCCUUUAGUUUAGAGAAAGCCGGUACCGAGAUCACUGACAACCUUGCUAACAGAGGGGUGGAAGCAUUUGGAUUAUUGCAGUUGUUGUUGUCGAAAAUCAUGUUGCGACGGACCAAAACCCAAAGAGCCGAUGAUUUAGGGUUACCUCCAAAGACCAUUGAGGUGCGGUAUGAUUUAUUCAACCCGGAAGAGAAGGAUUUGUACCAUUCAUUGUAUUCAGAUUCUAAUCGACAAUUCAAUGAUUAUGUUGAAGAAGGGGUGGUGUUGAAUAACUAUGCGAAUAUUUUUACUUUGAUCACCCGAAUGAGACAGAUGGCCGACCAUCCAGACUUGGUGUUGAAAAAAAUGAACAAUGCGGCACUCAACGGAUACGAAGGAAUUGUUUGUCAAUUAUGUGAUGAUGAGGCCGAGGACGCAAUUCAGAGUAAAUGUAACCACAAGUUUUGUCGAUUGUGUAUUAGUGAAUACGUCAAGUCGUUUGAUUCCGACGAUGCUGACAAGAAAUUGGAAUGCCCAGUGUGUCAUAUUGGGUUAUCGAUUGAUUUGGACGCGCCGGCGCUCGAGGUUUCUGAAGAGCUAGAAUCCCGAGGCAACAAAGGAACCAGUAUUGUCAACAAGAUCAACAUUGCUGCCGGGAGAUGGAAAUCGUCUACCAAGAUUGAAGCGGUGGUGGAAGAAUUGUACAAGUCGAGAUCUCAGAAUCAUACCAUUAAAACGAUUAUCUAUUCGCAGUUCACGUCAUUUUUGGAUUUGGUGGACUGGAGAUUGAGACGUGCCGGGUUUAAGACGGUGAGAAUGCAAGGGUCGAUGUCACCGCAACAACGAGCCAGUACUAUUGAUCAUUUUAUGAAUAAUGUGAAUGUUGAGGUGUUUUUAGUGUCAUUGAAGGCGGGGGGAGUGUCAUUAAAUUUGACGGAAUCGAGUCAAAUUUUUAUUAUGGAUCCGUGGUGGCAUUUGGCGGCGGAAGAACAAGCUGAUCGUGUUCAUAGAAUCAAGCAAACCAGGCCGGUAAGAAUUGUGAAAUUUUGUAUCGCGGAUAGUAUUGAAAAGAAGAUUAUGGAGUUACAAGAUAAGAAGGCUGAUAUGGUCAAGGCGACCAUCGAAGGAGAUCAAGGGUCAGCCAGUAGGUUGACUCCGGCAGAUUUACAAUUCUUAUUUAGUCAUUGA